UUCACCGACCGAGCGCCGCCGAGGGAAACAUCAGUCCUCCUCAUCGUGGGCUCCGAGAAACACGCACUCUGUAAGGUGGAAGAAACUUUUAUCCUCCAGAGAAGAGUUAGAAACCACCCGGGAUAUACAUCUGGUCUAAAGACUCACGGCAAACGAUAACCAUGUCGGCUUCAUCGGCGAAAGUCAGCAGAAAGGAGAAUUCAAAUCACGACGGAGCGGACGAGACCUCCGAAAAAGAGCAACAGGAAGCAAUUGAACACAUUGAUGAAGUACAGAAUGAAAUUGACAGACUGAAUGAACAGGCAAGUGAAGAAAUUUUAAAAGUAGAGCAGAAGUACAACAAAUUACGCCAGCCAUUCUUUCAGAAGCGAUCAGAACUCAUAGCCAAAAUCCCCAACUUCUGGGUCACAACAUUCGUCAACCAUCCACAAGUUUCAGCUCUUCUGGGGGAGGAAGACGAGGAAGCACUUCAUUACUUGUCGAGGGUGGAGGUCACCGAGUUCGAGGAUAUCAAGUCAGGAUAUAGAAUAGAUUUUUAUUUUGAUGAGAAUCCGUACUUUGAGAACAAAGCCCUCUCCAAAGAGUUUAAUGUAAAUGAGAGCGGAGAUCCUGUUUCCAAAUCGACUGAAAUCAAAUGGAAAGCUGGAAAGGACCUGACAAAGCGCACAGGCCAGACGCCAAACAAAGCCGGGAAGAAAAGGCAGCAUGAGGAGCCAGAGAGCUUCUUCACCUGGUUUACUGACCACUCGGAUGCAGGAGCUGACGAGCUGGGAGAAGUGAUCAAGGACGACAUCUGGCCCAACCCGCUGCAGUACUACCUGGUCCCCGACAUGGAGGACGAGGAAGGUGACGGCGAUGACGACGACGAUGAAGAGGAGGGUCUGGAAGAUAUUGACGAGGGGGAGGAAGAAGAAGGUGAAGAUGAAGAUGAGGAUGGUGAUGGAGAAGAUGGAGAGGAUGAUGGUGAGGACGAUUAAACGUUUCAGCCAACAUCUUUUCCCAGUCCUCCCUUCGUGAUCAUCCUACAACCCAUGGGAGCAAAAUAUUUUGUUUGUUUUGGGGAGGGGGAUUUUGUAAAAAAAAAAACAAAAACAAAACUUUUUUUUUUUUCCCUGUGUGUCGUCAGCCUGUCCGUCCUCUUCCUCUGCAGCCACAGCCUGUCCAUAAUGCCAUGUCUCAAGACCAGCUCCAUACAGUUGUAUGCAAAAGUUUGGGCACCCCUUGACAAAUAACAUAUUUGUUUGUUUGUUUGUUUUUGUUUUUUUUUAGUUUUUAGUUUUUUAAUUGAAAAGAUGUAAACACAGGCUCUCUAGGAUAUGGAACUUAAAACAGUAUUUUCAGCAAACAUUAAUGCAUAGUUACUUUUUAUGUCAUGAAUUGAACAAAAAUAAAUAUAGCUGCAAAUGGCAAUUCAUGGGUCCAAAACUUUUUGUGCUCAACAGGAGGAAGCAGCUCAACCAGCCCAAAGCAGGUUUCAGGCUGUACAAACAUGAGUAAAGUGUCCUCAGCUAGUUUGAUUCUGUUUGAAGGAGGAGAGAGACCAAUCACACACUUGUUUCAUCAUCACAAAGCCUGCAGUAUUUCAAGAAUUGCACACUCAAAGUUCCACUCUUUGUCCCCCCUUCAUCCGAUGUGAAUGAAUCUUUGUGUGAGUGUGUUCAGGAGCUAGUGCAGGAUGUCUCCAGUGAGUUUAGUCAGGAUUGCUCAAAGGCAUCUUGAGUUAUGAGCAAAUAUGUGAUAGGCCACGCCCACUUGCACCAAUCAAUAUGGUGCUUCAGAUUUUGGUUAAUAAUUGUCUUCAGAGCAUGCACCCCAAUUUUGGUGAGGUUCUGUCCAUCGGGUUUUCAGAUAGACAUUUGUGGCGCCCCCUAUGGGUCAGGCUCCAAAUGCUUUGCUAGACCUGUUCCCAAUGACAGACUGUUAUUUACCAACAUUUAUGAUGAUUGGACAAAUGGUUAAUGAGUUAUGACCAAUAUUCUCUAAGCCCCGCCGUUUGCAAAGAUAUUUUGGUUGAUGGCGGCCAUGUUUUUGGACCAGUCUUUCUCAUCUGUAAUAGAAACGUGUAUCUCAGUCCCCCGAGCUGAUAUACCAAAACCUUCAGUUUGCGUCUCUUGAGGUAGUCCACGUGGAUUUCGAGGUAUGUUUAGGAUCAUCAUCCUGUUGUAGAAGCCGUCCUCUUCUCAGCUUCAACUUUUUUUUUUUUUUUUUUUUUUUUUUUUUUUUUUUUUUACAGUCGGUUGGAUUUUUGCCUCCAGAAUUUGCUGGCAUUUAGUGGAAUCCAUUCUUCCCUGGACCUGUGCAGUGUUUCCUGCACCUCUGGCUGCAACACAACCCUGAAGCAUGAUAGAUCCACCCCCAUGCUUAACAGUUGGCAAGAUUUUCUUUUCAUGAAAUGCUGCUCCUGUUUUUCUCUAAACAUACCUUUGCUGACUGUGGCCAAAGAAUUCUUUUUUAACUUCAUCGGUCUGCAGAACUUGUUUCCAAAACGGCUUCUGUAGAUGUUCCUUUUCAUACUUCUGACGUUGGAUUUUAUGAUGAGGACGCAGGUAAGGUUUUCUUCUACUGACUCCUCCAUGAAGGUCUUGUUUGUGCACCGAGCAUCGCAACAGUGUCAAAUGGGGGUUUUGAUUUUCUGACCAGUAUAUGAGCAGUUCUCUCCCAGAGUUUUCUUGGUCUUCCAGAUCUCAUCUUGAUCUCCACAGUUGCCCUAAACUACCAUCUCUUAAUUACAUUUCACACUGUGGAAACUGCAAGCUGACAACACUGUGCUGUCUUGUAGCCUUCCUCUGUAUUGUGGAUGUCAAUAUCUUUCAUUACAGUCUCACACAGCUGUUUAGAGGAAGUCAUGGUUGCUGAGUGUUCACACAAGACUUGAUGAGUCAGAGUAUUUGUAAAGCUCUGACAUUGGCACCAGCUGACAUUUCCUAAUGACAAUUGUUGACAUGCCUCAGGCCUAACCAGCUGAUCAAGAUCUGAGACCAUGUAAAAAGAAUCAGAUACUUCAGAACUCUUAUGGUGCCCAAACUUAUACAUGUCAGUGUUUUUAUUAUUUUUAAAAUAACUUUUGUUCAAUUUAUGACAUCAAAACUAACUAUGCAUUCAUGUUUGCUGAUGACGUUGUGUUUUUCUCCAUAUCCUAGAGAGACUAUUUACAUCUUUUAAAUGGAAAAAAAAAAGACCAAAAUAUGUUAUUUGUCAAGGGGUGCCCAAACUUUUGCAUACAACUGUACACAGCAGGUCUACAUCGGGUGCAGUGGGGGUGUCGGUGGCUCUCUGGAAGUCUCACCUGUCAUUGUUUAUCUACAUCUCCCAAAGACAUGCAAAAGAAUAAAAAAAAAUUUGUAGCAUUCUGCACGUCAUCCUACGUAGAUUUAAAAUACGUACAAUAGCAAUUUCUAUGUAAGAUAUGAAGUUACAGUUUCUGUUGAAGUUGUGAGUUCAAUAAAAAAUAAGCCAUGGUGCAGUGAUAACUUAAUCAUAGCAUCCUUAGCCACUUUUAUAUAUAUAAAUGUAUAUUAUAAUAUAUCCAGUGGUUGGGGGGUACUAAGGCUUAUUAGAAGUUGCAUUUUCCUUUGUGACUUAUUGUAGAAAUGGAACUGAUUGAAAGCACCAGCUUGUUCCUUUCAACUGUUGUAAAUGUUUUUGGGAUAUUCAUGUAUCUUGGUAAGACAGUGGUUAAUUGUACACAGUUUAAUGGGGAGGGUGUGGUAGGGCAGCGGGGGUUGACACCGACUCUGGAGUUCUGUUAAAUAAAUUUUCAUUAUGUUGUUUUUCAGGCACCCACAACAAAGUUUGAAAUGUACAUUUUUUUAUAAAAAACAGCCUAAAAAUCUAAUUUUGAGCUUGGCUUAACAUUUUGAGAUGGGAGAGAGGAGGGGAAAAAAAGAUCUCUGUAGAAUCUCCUGUUCCACUGGAAACCUGUUCACAUUAAAUUAAGUGUACCAGUUGCUUUGUUACAAUAAAUAAAUGUAUACAUGA